AUGGAGAUGGCCGAGGAUCAGGGCUUCGAGGCCUACGAAGUAAAGUGGAGGGCUAGAGCGGCGAAACAUGUCCCCCCGAUCAGUGAGGCGCAGCAGAUCCAAUUAUUCCACUCUACCCUCAAAGGGGCCUACUACUUGCACCUGUUGGCUCACACAUCUUCGUUCUCCAACCUUAUCGACGCCGGGAAGAGGCUUGAUAUCGGCGUUAAGCUCGGCAAGAUAGAAGGACCGGCCGAGAAGAAAGAGGGAGAGUCCUCGAAGAAGGUUGCUACUGGGACACCCUCCGCGGGAAACAGGAGAGGAAAAGACGCGUCCGUCAAUGCUGUUAACUCAGGGCGCCAAGCCCCCCAACAGUAUUCCAUCAAUUACACGCCCGCACCACCGACCACUCAGGCGUAUGCCCCACCUCCGGUGCAUUAUCAGCAGCAACUCCCAGCGCCUCCGGCUUCGAGAACAACUCAGCCGGUGCAACGGGCUCCGGCCCCGCAGGACCAACAAAGCACUGCGCCGCGGCGCAGACAAUUCACACCCUUUCCGGCCCCGCUCUCCCACAUAUACCGGCAACUCCUCGCAGGCAAUAGGAUUAAAUCAGUAGCACCUAACAUCGAUUUCGACCCCACCAUUCAGGAUCAGAGUCGGCACUGCGAGUACCAUCAGGGCGCACCCGGUCACACCACCGACGAUUGUUGGAAGCUGCGGGAGAAGAUCCAAGCUAUGAUUGAUGGCAAACAACUCACGUUCAACGCCGUCAAACCUCCGAACGUGCAAGUUAAUCCUCUUCCCGAUCACGGGUCAAGCUCGGGACCCAGCAUUAACAUGAUCAGUGUUUGCGCCAUAGGGGAGUACGAGACCGGGCAGGAGCCAUCCGCCCCGUUCGUAAUCGAAUAUGUGCCUGCGGAAACCGGUAUAGGGUACGCGGGGUUUGAUGCCACGCUCGCCCCAUUCGUGAUAGAUGUCCCCGCACGAGAGCCAUAUCAAGAUAGCAAGGUUCCGUGGACCUACGAAGGGAGUGUCGGGAACCUCGAGCGUCAAUUCAGCGUCAUGGGCGUGACGCGCUCGGGACGAGUGUAUGAAAACCCGGAGGUCGCGAACAAAGGAAAGGCGCCUGCUGCGACAUUAGGAAUCGCCCCGGAAGCUACGCCGAUCCCACAAAAGAAGGUGACCGAAGAGGAAGCCGAGGCUUUUAUGAAGAUCAUCAAGGCAAGCGAGUAUAAGGUUGUUGAACAAAUGGGCAAAUCUCCGGCCUACAUUUCACUACUCGCCCUUCUCUUAAGUUCGGAGCCACAUCGUGAAGCGCUCCUGAAGGUCCUGACGGCGGCACAGGUCCCCAAGGAGACGGCUCCAGAUCUCAUUGAAGAAACCGUUGGUUCGAUAUUCUCCAACAAUAUUUCAUUCUCGGAUGACGAGCUUCCCUCCGAAGGGUACGCACACUCGCGGGCGUUGCACAUCAUGAAUGUGGAUCUGAAUCGUAUUCGUCCAAGCAAGACAGCGGUUCGAGCCUUCGAUGGCUCGCGGAGAGAGGUGAACGGAGAGAUCGACCUUCUGAUCAAGGUAGGUCCAUGUUCAUUCAAUGUCACUUUUCAGGUGCUCGACAUCCCCAAUGCCUUCAGCUUGCUGCUCGGGAGGCCAUGGAUCCAUUUUGCGGGCGCAGUCCCCUCCACCUUGCACCAAAAGCUUAAGUUCAUCGUGGAAGAGCGACUCAUCACGGUCAAAGGUGAGGAGGACUAUGCGAUUUAUAAGGAGACGGCUGUCCCCUAUAUCAGGAUCAACCGCCCAAUCGAGAUCGAAGAGUACAAGAACAGGAGGGGACUCGGUUUUCGCCCUUCCUGCCACGAGAUUAUUGAAGCCCGUAGAGGCAAGCGCCUCCACCGUCUCGCAGCGUACUACGGGAAGAUCAACAGGGGCACCCCAGUUCCGCCACUCUCCCACUUCUUUUCAGGAUCACAGCACAUCGUCGGAGGUACUCUUGACGGCCCCUCCUCGGAUUUAGACGACGCGCUUGUCGAUCUGCCAGGCAUAUACGCCGUCACCGAGGAGACUCAUUCAGGGGUCUACAUCCGCCUCGCGCAGGAGAAUGAGGAGCUCAACAACUGGACCUCAAGAACUUCCCGCCCAAACGGCAACACCUACGGCGGCAGCGAGCCGGCCUUCUCCUCCGCAUCAAGGAGGAGGUCGUCAAGCAGAUAA